GGAAGAAUCUUCUAUGGAGUCUGAUAAUGGAUUGAAUUUGAGGAACGAUGUUAAGAAUCUUGUUGAGCAAGAGACUUAUAAAUGGAUAUUUGUAGGAGGGAAGGGAGGUGUAGGAAAAACUACAAUUUCAUGUUCAUUAUCGUCAAUCCUAUCAGAAAGAAGAGAAUCCGUUCUUCUCUUAUCAACAGAUCCAGCCCACAGCCUGAGCGAUGCUUUCAACCAAAAGUUUACCGACACACCAACUCUAGUAAACGGAUACGAAAAUUUAUACGCCAUGGAGUUGGACGUUACAAGAGUUGCAGAUACAGGUUUCGGAUUAAAUGAAACAAAAAUGUUCCUUCAAACUAUACCAGAGCUGUUCCAAAUGCUCCCUGGCAUUGACGAGGCUUUAUCUUUUUCUGAGCUUUUACAAUCUGUCCAAUCCAUGAAGUAUUCUGUAAUUGUGUUUGAUACAGCGCCAACAGGCCAUACACUCAAGUUUUUGAACCUACCUGAUACCUUGGAUAAGCUUCUUGAGAGUUUUCUAAAGGUGGAAUCACUGUGCGGAGUCGCAAUGAAGCUGUUUUCGGCAUUAAAUAACUCCUUACCUAAGGAAGAAAUAUUCCAGAAACUUAAAAGGUUCAAGAGCAACUUGACACUAAUAAUGAACCAAAUGAAGGAUCCGAACCGAACAACUUUUGUUUGCGUCUGCAUCCCUGAAUUCUUAAGCGUCUACGAGACCGAGAGGCUCAUCCAAAGUUUAGCCAAAACUGAUAUAGACUGUUCGUAUAUUAUUGUAAACCAAGUGUUGAGUUAUAUUAACUUGGAAGAACAUGUAAAAAAUACCCAAAACUCUCUGGAAAACCUAUCACCAGAAAAUAAAAAAGUGCUAGACUGCUUUUUUGAACUUGUGUUGGAACAACAAAAUAACCUAAAUGGCAGAUUAAGCAUACAAAGAAAAUAUAUAGAAGAUAUUAAACAAUUAUACGAAGGCUUCUUUAAUAUCGUCGCAAUCAAACAGUACAAGUAUGAAGUUAGAGGAAGUGAAGCAAUAAAGGAGUUUUCAAAGGCUUUACUAAAACAUUCACCAAUCCCAGAUUCCUAAUUUAUAGUAUAAUAUACUAAGCCCAUAAUAUACUACUCAAAA